AUGCGAUUUUCUGCUGCUCUUGCCGUUGCAGCUCUCGCAGCUGGCUCUAGUGCUGCCAGCUGCCCCUAUGCUGAGCGUGCCGCCGCUGCCGCUGCCGCCCCGGGCUGCCCAUAUGCGAAGCGUGCUGCUGAGGCUACUGCGCAAGAUGCCCAGGCCCCUCGACUUCCCAAGCGAGGACCCAUCGAGGGCAAGAAGGGUAUCUUUUACAUGAACCGUAUCGGACCUUCCGGCUCACAAUUAUGGAUUGCCAAUUCCGACGGUAGCAAUAAGACUCAAUUAAUGGGCAACCAGACCAAUGCCUUUGACUACCAUCCGUCCUGGUCACAGGACGGCGAGUGGAUUGUCUUCACAAGCGAGCGUCGUGGAGCCGGCCAGUCUGAUUUGUACCGCGUGCGACCAGAUGGAACCGGGCUGGAGACUCUUGCUGAUACAAACUCGGUCGAAGAUGCCGGUGUGCUGUCGCCGGAUGGCACUCAGCUCGCCUAUGUUUCGACCCAGGGCAACUACACCACCAACAUUUGGGUCAAGGACCUGAAGACCGGUCUCGCACACAACCUGACCGACACCGCUGCUACCCGCAGCAGUAACAUCUGGCCUUCUGGUCACUUCCGUCCGUCUUGGUCUCCUGACGGAGAGUGGAUCACCUUCAGCUCUGACCGCGAUACUGAUUGGACCGGCCACAGUGACGGUACUGGCUGGGAGCACACCCAGAACCUGGGUGUGUACGUGAUUAAGAAGAACGGCAAGGACUUCCGCAAGCUGGUCUUCGAGGAUGGCUUUGCAUUCGGUACCCCCCAGUUCUCAAGCGACGGCAAGCGUGUCAUCUAUAACAACAUCACUCGCGAGGGUACGUACUCUGCUCACGGUGUCUCCGAGCAGCAGGCGGCCAUCGAGUCCCAGAUCUACAGUGUCGACUUCGCUACUGGCAAGAAGAUUCUCGCCCACACUUCCGGUAGCUACCCCAAGUUCGGUCAGCACCAAAUUGCCAACUCUAGCAAUAUUGGUUACUUCAUCAAGGCCGGAGACUACGAGGGAAUUCACUACACUAAGCCUGAUACUACCCACAAGACCUUCAACCUGACCAACCUUCGUGACCCCUGGUGGUCCCCCGAUGGUUCCAAGAUUGUCUACAGUAUCCCCAACUGGACCCAACAAGCUGCCGACCUGGAACUGUUCAGCUACAAUAAUGACUGGGCCUACCGCUACAUGGACGUCUUCCCCCUCCACAACACCGUCGUCAACCGGAUCGCAAGCACCCAGAAAGUCCUCGGUAGCGCCAACGGCUCAGCAGUCUCCUCCGACCCCCUCUAUAACGACGUCGUCGCAGCCUUUAACUCCUACGACAUUUACUCCACCAGCAACUCCUCUGAGGUCCUACUCCUAACAGAGGGCGAAGCCGGUGCCUUCCAGCCCACCUGGAACCCCGACGGAACCGAGAUGCUAGUCGGCUUCGGCGGCUGGUUCGUCGACCGUGUCGAUAUCCCCGGAACCAUCAUCCACGCCUACGCCAACGGCAGCUCCUUCACCAGCUUGACCAACACCUCCGAGAACUCCGGUUUCCCUUCUUGGUCCCCCGAUGGGUCGGCUUACGUCUACCGUCUCUGGAACUUGGAGACUGGUGCUCCGGAGGGUCUGAAGAUCCACAACUUCACCACUGGCAAGACUCACAGUCUAACCGAUGGCUGGGAUAACACUCCCGGCUGGUCUCCCGAUGGAGAGCGGAUCGUGUUCACCCGUAACAACAACUGGACUGUCUCGUACGGAUCCCGUUGGUACGCGGAUCGCUUCGAUAUCUACACUAUCCGUCCUGAUGGCUCCGAGUUGACUCAGUUGACUGACAGUCUGUCAAACGAUGCCCACGCUGUCUGGUCCCAGGAUGGCCGUAUCAUGUGGAGCACCGGUAUGUACGGCUUUAAGGAUGAGAGCUCACUCUUCGACAACACUUUCCAGCCUUAUGGACAGAUUAUGGUUAUGAACUACGAUGGCACCAACAAGACUUUGCUUACUGAUACUAUUUGGGAGGAUUCAAUGCCGCUUUAUAUUCCCAACGAGUAUCUUGAGUAG